AUCACACUAGUGUUACUGUGUGCUUUCUCUGUGUGAAAUGUCAAAGUCUUGAUAAUAUAAUUUUCUGGGGUGACAGAAUAUAUUCCAUAAAAAGAGUCUGUGAAUGAAUCAAUUACUUGCAACCAUCCUCUGUUAAAUCUUCCUAUGUUUAAGGGGAUUUUUCUGUUCUUGGUUUCCCCCCCCCCCCCACCCCCUUCUCUCUCUCUCUCUAACACACACACACACCAGAUUUGUUUCUUCCCUUUUUUAGGCCUUAUCACAGCUCCCACAUCCAACCAAAAGUUUGUCUGUGUUCUUGCCAAAUUUGUAAGCAUCCCAUCUUAGCUACCCUUUUCUUCUUCACACACUCCACUACAUAUCCUGCUUUCUUCUUCCAUCUCCUUACCACUACUUGACUUGUUACUAUUAGUCAAAUUCUUGUUCUCAACACUUGCAAACAGAAGAAGAAGAAGAAGAAGAAAAGGGUAGAGCUGGUGAGAUGGUGAGAGGAAAGACUGAGAUGAGGCGUAUAGAGAACGACACAAGCAGACAAGUCACCUUCUCCAAGAGGAGAAAUGGGCUGCUCAAGAAAGCUUUUGAGCUUUCAGUCCUUUGCGAUGCUGAAGUUGCACUCAUAAUCUUCUCCCCAAGAGGCAAGCUCUAUGAAUUUGCAAGUUCAAGCAUGCAUCAGACGAUAGAACGCUACCAACAGUACACUAAAGAGAUCCAAGCAAACAACCCACCCGUGGAACAUAACAUGCAGCAUUUGAAGCAUGAAGCAGCAACUAUGAUGAAAAAGAUAGAGCAACUUGAAGCAACAAAACGGAAGCUACUUGGGGAAAAUUUAGGAAACUGCAGCAUUGAAGAACUGCAACAGCUCGAACAGCAGCUGGAGCGGAGUGUCAGUAUCAUCCGUGCAAGAAAGAUGCAAGUGUACAAGCAACAGAUUGAGCAGUUGAAACAAAAGGGAAGAGCUCUAGCAGCUGAAAAUGCGAUGCUGUCUGAGAAGUUUGGAGUGCAUGGACAAGUACAGGGAGCUGGAUCGAACGAAGAGAGGGGUGGAAUGGUGGGUUCUGCGGAGAUCAGUGAGAUAUCGGACGUGGAGACAGAAUUGUUCAUCGGACCCCCUGAGACGAGGAACAAGCGUCUGCCUUCCAGAAAUGAAAUGUGAAUAAUAAUUAAUGCUUUAAUUUGUAAGUUAUAUAAAUAUGUAAUCUGUGAUGAUGAUUUCCCAUUGGUGUCAAUUAGUAAAUUCCCGAGUUUAUGGUUUUGAAAUUGCAAAUAAUGCCAAUUGCAGCUGUGAAAACCACAUUGUUUUUUGGCUUGGUAGUGGCGUAUGUGACUACUGACUACUGACUACCUACGUACAUACACUUUGAUCUGAUAUAUAUUUAUAUGUGCUUCUGCAGAUUAA